GUUACAGCGCUAACAUGUGGUACGCGGCGCAACGUUACAGAGCUAACAUGUGAUACACGGUGCAACGUUGCAGAGCUAACAUGUGAUACACGACUGAGUUCGAAGUGGGCCUUAAAUAAGUCAGACUGCCACUUGAUUGACCAAUUGACCAAUGUGACGUGACCUCAGUGAGAACGCUCUGACAUCAGUGAGAACGCUUGGACGUCUAUAAUUGUUUAAAAAUAAAUAACUGACUUCUCUUUUUUGUUUAGCAAUGUUUCUCCGGCAGUCAGCUCAGCUCUCGUGUGUCUCAUUGGUCCUUCUGGCAGUGAGCUGGGCGAUCGCUGGUGAGUACAACUCUAAACGUACGUUUAAUAUAUUAAGUUAAAUACAAGGACAGGUUUGGCCAGCAAAGGAACUCUUUUUCGAUUGUGUCGUAUAAUUUAUCACAUUUUUAACUUUGUAACCAGGAGUAACGCAGUUAUUUAUAGUUUAAUGCCAUAGGUCAAAGGUUGUCUAGAGCUAAACUUGCCAUAUGAGGAUCUACAAACAUUUUCGUUAUAAAAUCAAUUUUGACUGUAAAAUGGUUGUUUUUUUCUAAAGAGAGCACAAUUCCAAAAUUGAAUGGGUAUUAUUUUGGGGGGUUCUUUUCUUCAAAUAGCUAUUAUUUUAAUGGCAUUUGUUAUUGUAAGUUUCCCUAAUCUUGAAAAGUCCAGAAUACACCUCAAAUUGGCAAACAUUAAAGAGGGUGGUUUUCUUAGUGAUACAGGUCUCUGCUUAUUUUGGAUCUUAUUGUUGUUGUGUGUUGUUUUUUUUUUGGUUAGCGGAGCAAGAGAUAAUCUACUCAGACAGCGGCGUCUGCUCUAAGGCUGUGUCAUGGGGGCACCCAAGGGUCAAACGUCAAACCAUACAGCGACAAAGUGGGUUCACAAACGACGAGAAAAUGGCCAUCCUUCAGAGACACAACGACUUGAGAGCCAAGGAAGGCAGCAGCAACAUGAGAAGAAUGGUGAGUGAAGUGAAUGGUGGGUCAAGUGAAGGGUGAGUGAAUGGUGAGUGAAGUACGUGUGGUGGGUGAAGUGAAUGGUGAGUAAAGGGAAUAGUGAGUGGAGUAAAUGGUGGAUGAAGUGAAUGGUGAGUAAAUGGUGUGUAAACGGUAAGUGAAGUGAAUGGUGGUUGAAGUGAAUAAGGAGUGAUGUUAAUUGCGAGUGAAUGGUGAGAGAAUGGUCAGUGAAGUGGAUGGCGAGUUACGUGAGUUUUGAGGAAAAUAGUGAGUGAAAUGAAUGCUGAGUGAGGUGAAUUGUGAGUGAAGUGAAUGUUUACGCUAAAAUAGGAAGGUGAAGGGGAGUUGGGUUAACGAGUUGAUAACCCUGGGUGGCACAUGCUAACCUUGGGUGUCAGAUGUUAACCUUGGGUGGCAGGUGUUAACAUGAGUUGUGGAACUUGAGGCUAAGAAACCGAGGAAUGAUUUUUGGGAUCAAUGUAGUACAUCUGAUUAUAAUGUAGUACAUCUGAUUAUAAUAUAGUACAUCUGAUUAUAAUGCAGUACAUCUGAUUAUAAUGUAGUACAUCUGAUUAUAAUGCAGUACAUCUGAUUAUGAUAUAGUGCAUCUUAUUAUUAUGUAGAUCAUCUGAUUAUUGUGUAGUAAAACUUCUUGUAAUGUACUACAUCUGCGUGUAAGGUACUACAUCUGCCUGUAAUGUACUACAUCUGCUUGUACAGUGUCUCAUCUGCUUAUAAUUUACUACAUAUACAUGUAAUGUACUACAACUGCUUGCAAAGUACUACAUCAGCGUGUAAGGUACUAUGUUUGGACUAAAAGUCAAUUAGUCGUUGGGAUGUUUAUCAGAUGAUCGUGAGUAUUUACCAGGUUGUCAUUGGAGGGGUCUACAUUGAUCAGGUUGUCAUUGAAGGGGUCUACAUUGAUCAGGUUGUCAUUGGAGGGGCCUACAUUGAUCAGGUUGUCAUUGAAGGGGUCUACAUUGAUCAGGUUGUCAUUGGAGGGGUCUACAUUGAUCAGGUUGUCAUUGGAGGGGUCUACAUUGAUCAGGUUGUCAUUGGAGGGGUCUAAAUUUACCAGGUUGUAAGCAGUAUGGUUUUAAUUUACCAGGUUGUCAGCAGUAUGGUUUUAAUUUACCGUGUUGUCAGCAUUAUGGUCUAAAUUAACCAUGUUGUCAGCAGUAUGGUCUAAAUUUACCUGGUUGUCAGCAGUAUGGUCUAAAUUUACCUGGUUGUCAGCAGUAUGGUCUAAAUUUACCUGGUUGUCAGCAGUAUGGUCUAAAUUUACCUGGUUGUCAGCAGUAUGGUCUAAAUUUACCUGGUUGUCAGCAGUAUGGUCUAAAUUUACCUGGUUGUCAGCAGUAUGGUCUAAAUUUACCUGGUUGUCAGCAGUAUGGUCUAAAUUUACCUGGUUGUCAGCAGUAUGGUCUAAAUUUACCUGGUUGUCAGCAGUAUGGUCUAAAUUUACCUGGUUGUCAGCAGUAUGGUCUAAAUUUACCUGGUUGUCAGCAGUAUGGUAUAAAUUUACCUGGUUGUCAGCAGUAUGGUCUAAAUUUACCUGGUUGUCAGCAGUAUGGUCUAAAUUUACCUGGUUGUCAGCAGUAUGGUCUAAAUUUACCUGGUUGUCAGCAGUAUGGUCUAAAUUUACCUGGUUGUCAACAGUAUGGUCUAAAUUUACCUGGUUGUCAGCAGUAUGGUAUAAAUUUACCUGGUUGUCAGCAGUAUGGUCUAAAUUUACCUGGUUGUCAGCAGUAUGGUCUAAAUGUACCUGGUUGUCAGCAGUAUGGUCUAAAUUUAUCAAGUUGUCAACAAUAGGGGCUUAAUUUUCCUGGUUGUCAGCAGCAUGGUCUAAAUUUAUCAAGUUGUCAGCAGUAGGGGCUUAAUUUACCUGGUUGUCAGCAGCAUGGUCUAAAUUUAUCAAGUUGUCAGCAGUAGGGGCUUAAUUUACCAAUGGAGAAUUUAUUUCGGUAUCUGUUUGUAGGUCUGACAGUGUGUGUGUGUUCGUUCGCCUGUGUGUGUGUGUUCGUUCGCCUGUGUGUGUGUGUGUGUGUUCGUUCGUCUGUGUGUGUGUGUGUAUUCGUUCGCCUGUGUGUGUGUGUUUAAGGGACCGACGUCAAUGAAGAAUCUUUGACACAAUGUGUUUGCAUGGUUCCUCUGUCACAAUGUGUUUGCAUGGUUCUUCUGUCAAAAUGUGUUUGCAUGGUUCCUCUGACACAAUGUGUUUGCAUGGUUCCUCUGUCACAAUGUGUUUGCAUGGUUCCUCUGUCACAAUGUGUUUGCAUGGUUCCUCUGUCACAAUGUGUUUGCAUGGUUCCUCUGACACAAUGUGUUUGCAUGGCUCCUCUGACACAAUGUGUUUACAUGGUUCCCCUGACACAAUGUGUUUGCAUGGUUCCUCUGACACAAUGUGUUUGCAUGGUUCCCCUGACACAAUGUGUUUGCAUGGUUCCUCUGACACACUGUGUUUGCAUGGUUCCCCUGACACAAUGUGUUUGCAUGGUUCCCCUGACACAAUGUGUUUGCAUGGUUCCUCUGACACAAUGUGUUUGCAUGGUUCCCCUGACACAAUGUGUUUGCAUGGUUCCUCUGACACAAUGUGUUUGCAUGGUUCCUCUGACACAAUACGCUUGCAUGGUUCCUCUGACACAAUGCGUUUGCAUGGUUCCUCUGACACAAUGUGUUUGCAUUGUUCCUCUGACACAAUGUGUUUGCAUGGUUUCUCUGACACAAUGCGUUUGCAUGGUUCCUCUGACACAAUGUGUUUGCAUGGUUCCUCUGACACAAUGCGUUUACAUGGUUCCUCUGACACAAUGUGUUUGCAUGGUUCCUCUGAUACAAUGUGUUUGCAUGGUUCCUCUGACACAAUGUGUUUGCAUGGUUCCUCUGACACAAUGUGUUUGCAUGGUUCCUCUGACACAACUUUGGUGAAAGUGUUGUCUCUAUCUUGUUGAUUUUCAGCACUGGGAUUCUGCGCUAGAAGUCCUCGCCCAAUCUUACUCGGAGAAAUGUGAUUUCAAACACAGUCCCCUGAGCUAUCGGACAAAUGUGUUAGACUUCAAGUACAUAGGAGAGAACAUUUACGCUGGGACAGGUGAGAUCUUGUCACAUAUUAGUGCUGUACCGACGUGUCAAACCACACACUAUGGCGCCAUGUUUGUGUUGUAAUGUAGACAUCUUCACUGCUUGCUGUACGACUGUUUUGUUCUGUUGCACGCCAUGGUGUGCUGUUGUACACUGUGUUCUGUCACUAGAGCUACAUCAGCCAAUGUACGUAAGUAAAUUAACCAUAGCUACUGCCGACUUCAACUCCUGAUUUGUGACGUAAUACACUGUCAAAAAUUCUCGUUAUGCGCACAUCAUAUUUUCUCAUUUUAUCUUCCACCAUUACAGCGACCUUUGACCCCUUGACCCCAGUACAGCUUUGGUGGGACGAAUACACAUUUUAUGAUUUCAACACUCGUCGAUGCACCGGUGUUUGUGGUCACUAUACGCAGGUGGGUUUGUUGCAAGGGGUUGGUGGCAUACAACAUCUGUGGUCAUUAUACGCAGGUGGGUUUGUUGCAAGGUGUUGGUGGCAUUCAACUUCUGUGGUCAUUAUACACAGUUGGGUAUCUUGCUAGGGGUUAUGGCAUACAACAUAUGUGGUCAUUAUACGCAGGUGGGUUUCUUGCUAUGUAUUGGUGGCAUACAACAUCUGUGGUCACUAUACGCAGGUGGGUUUCUUGCUAUGGUUUGGUGGCAUACAACAUCUGUGGUCAUUAUACGCAGGUGGGUUUCUUGCUAGGGAUUGGUGGCAUACAACAUCUGUGGUCACUAUACGCAGGUGGGUUUCUUGCUAGGGGUUGGUGGCAUACAAUAUCUGUGGUCACUAUACGCAGGUGGGUUUCUUGCUAGGGGUUGAAGGCAUACAACAUUUGUGGUCAUUAUACACAGGUGGCUUUGUUGCCAGGGGUUAGGAUUAAAAGAAAAAUUGUUCUCUGAAUUAAAUUAACUCAUCUGCCUCAACCGUAUUACCCAAGGUCAAAUCUGCAUCCAAAAGCCCAUCAUGCACUGGGGCAUGUUAUAUGAUUGUAACACUGAGAUUAUUGUUAGGUUGUGGUAAGUAGAACUUAAAAAAAACAACAUUGUGUGGCAUUUGUUUUAAUUAUAGCCACUUUAAAUAACGUUCCCAUUAUUUGACGUUGUAGUAGUUAGAGCAGUUUCAAAUAACUCUCCCAUGAUUUGACGUAGUUGGAGCAGUUUAAAAAUAACAACUCUCCCAUUAUUUGGCGUUGUAGUAGUUGGACGAGUUUCAAAUAGCUCUCCUUUUAUUUGACGGUGUGGUAGUUGGAGCAGUUAAAAAAAACAAACAAAAAAACUAACUCUCCCAUUAUUUGACGUGAUAGUUGGAGCAGUUAAAAAUAACCCUCCCAUUAUUUGACAUUGUGGUAGUAGGGGCAGUUCCAAAAAGCUCCUCAAUAUUGCACUGAGAUUAAUUUGAGGACCCUUGUGCUCUAGGUUGUAUGGGACAAGAGUUUUGCCUUGGGAUGUGGCUUUCACUACUGCAAGAAUCUAACAGGUGCCCCAAACUUUAAUAGGGGAUAUAACGUCGUGUGUCACUACGGCCCUGGGUGAGUACCUGUCCCAAUGUGUGUAGUGGUGAGUUUGUCGUGUGUCGCUGUGGCCCCGAGUGAUUACAUUUCCCAAUGUGUGUAGUGGUGAGUUUUUCUUGUCUCACUAUGGUCCUGGGUGAGUACAUGUCCCAAUGUGUGUAGUGGUGAGUUUGUCGUGUGUCACUAUGGUCCUGGGUGAGUACAUGUCCCAAUGUGUGUAGUGGUGAGUUUGUCGUGUGUCACUAUGGCCCUGGGUGAGUACAUGUCCCAAUGUGUGUAGUGGUGAGUUUGUCGUGUGUCACUAUGGCCCUGGGUGAGUACAUGUCUUAAUGUGUGUAGUGGUGAGUUUGUCGUUCUUCACUAUGGUCCGUUGGCUAACUCUUUAUCGCCUUGAGUACAUAUUUGUUUGGUGUGGACAUUAUGUCAUUGAUAUGACUGCACUGAGCAUUAUGUUGUGUUUAUGGUAGAUAUCAAUGUCCUGUGAUGAUAGUCUGUUUGAUUUGACCAUUAGUACUAAAAAUAAAAUGAUGUCUGAAGGAAGACAAUUAGGUUGAACACAACUGUGAGACAAGUCCACAUCACAGCUGUCUUAGUGUGUGUAACAGAUUGUUUGUUACCGUAUUAUUGUUGUGUUUCUUAUCUCACACGUACUUCAAAUUACAUCAGCUAGAAUUUGUGCACAGCCCAGGGCUGCCACUCACUUUUUUUUUUAAUUUCCCAAGAUUUGGUGAACAAAUUUCCCAAGAUUUCCCAAGAUCAUAAAAUAUAUGAGUUUUUUUGUUUUUUUUUAUAAAGGGGGGUUUUCUAUGUAAUUAAUGUAAUAAUAGAUUGAAUCAUUGCCCCUAAAAAACAUGAUGCAUUAAUUGACUGAAAUUUAUUGAAAAAGACAUUUAAAAAAUGUUUAUCACAUAAAAAAACCCAAACAAUGUGUAAAAAUUAUUUAUAGUCCAAAAUAUCAAUACCCACUGGAGUUAGGCUACUAAAUAUUACCUCCGAAUUCUCUGGUAAAAAUAUCAUCUACAAUACAUGUGUAAUAGAAGUCACUUGGAAACAAAGCUUACAAUGCUAAUCAACACAGAAUUCCUUUUACAAAGGCAAAAGGUUCUUCAUCAAAAAAUGAUUUUUAUUAUUGUAAAUCUGUUGAUUAGAAGUGGGGUUUGCAAACCAAUUAAGAAAAAUUUAUUAAUAAUAAUUGUAGUUAAAAUGGAUUGAUAUUAUGAUGAAAACAAUAAGUAUUUUUAUUUUUUCUUGUAAAUUUACAUUACAACGAUUUUUUCAAACAAAAAAAUUUUUUUUUAAAGAAAUUGUUCAUUUAUAAUCCUACAACGCAGGGCUAUACUUGUAAUAUCUUAGUUACGUGUGUUUCAAUCCACAAAUAUUUUUUUCUAAUUGAUGAAAAUUAGGCUGGAUUUUUUAAAGAUGCAUUAUAUUUUGAACACAUUGUAGAAGUAAUUGAAAUAAUAAAAUUUUACAAUGGCAUGGAUUCUUGAUUGAACACUAUCGUUCAUUCUUUGGCUUGUGCUGUUUUUCGUAUGUUUGCUAAUGUCUAAGAGCAUAAUGAUAAAGUUUCCAAGCCUAACCCACCACCCCCCCCCAAUUUAAUAAACAUUCAAAACCUGGAUGUAAUUUGUAAAUCUUCAAUUUGUAAAAAAAAAAGAAGAGAAAAUUGAAUUUUUUAAAAAUUAUUAACUUUUUAAUAAUUCACAAUAUUAACUUAAAUAUCAGAAGAGUUUUUAUUUAUUUUAUGAGUGGAUUUAAAAAUUAAAAUCAGAAAAGAAAAAUUAAAACAAUUAAUUUUUUGCCUUGUUAAUUUAAAAAUUAUUUUGCUUUAUUUUCACUUUAUUUUUCAUUAGAUAUUGUUGCGUUUUUUGAAAAAUAUAAUACAAUUUUUCCCCCAGUUAAGAUUUCCCAAGGUUUUGCCUGAUUUUCAAAAUUAUUCCCCAGAUCCCAAAGGGGGGACGUGAAUUCCCAAGAUCUUGGGAAAUUUCCCAAGGUGUGGUAGCCCUGGCACAGCCACCAGCAGGCGCUACCAAACAUAACACUCCCUGGAUAUUGCGGCUCUCAUGCUUUCUUUUCUUCCGCCCAUAAAAUAUAGUCACUAAAUAUUAAAUCCUUUGAUGUAUCACUCCGCCCACGUGACACCCAUGAUGUCAACAUGAUGUCAGCUUAUUGUCAUUGGAGCGUAUUCAAAGUCGGGCUGUUGCAGUAGGAAAAAAAGGGAAAACUAAAAAAAAAAAAAAUAAUAAAAAAAUGACCACAUUAGCUACUCAAAUUUUAUUUUAAGACUGAAAGAUCUCAAAACUUAGAUUUGUAUUUUGUUAAUCUCUCAAAGUGGCAACAUUGCGGGGCUGAAACCCUACCUGAAAGGAGAAGCUUGUACAGCGUGCCCAAAGGAGACAGCGUUCUGUGUCAAUGGUCUAUGUGGUAAGUGGUGGUUUAUCAAUGGUCAAUGUGGUCAGUGGUGGUGUGUCACUGGUGUAUGUUGUAAGUGGUGGUGUGUCAAUGGCUUAUGUGGUAAGUGGAUGUUUGUCAAUGGACUAUGUGGUGGUGUGUCAAUGGUCUAUGUGGUAAGUGAUGGUGUGUCAAUGGUCUAUGUGGUAAGUGGUGGUGUCUCAAUGUACUAUGUGGUGAGUUGUGGUGUGUCAAUGGUCUAUGUGGUGAGUGGUGGCGUGUCAAUGGAAUAUGUGGUGAGUGGUGGUGUGUCAAUGGACUAUGUGGUGAGGGGUGGUGUGUCAGUGGACUAUGUGGUAAGUGGUGGUGUAUCAAUGCUGUAUGUGGUAAGUGGUGGGUGUCAAUGGACUAUUUGGUGAGUGGUGGUGUGUCAAUGGUCUAUAUGGUGAUAUGUGGUGUGUCAAUGGUCUAUGUGGUAAGUGGUGAUGUAUCAAUGGUCAAUGUGGUCAGUGGUGGUGUGUCAGUGGACUAUGUGGUAAGUGGUGGUGUGUCAAUGGUGUCUGUGGUAAGUGGUGGUGUGUCAAUGAACUAUGUGGUAAGCGGAUGUGUGUCAAUGGACUAUGUGGUGAGUGGUGGUGUGUCAAUGGACUAUUUGGUGAGUGGUGGUGUCUCAAUGGACUAUGUGGUAAGUGAUGGUGUGUCAAUGUACUAUGUGAUGAGUGGUGGUGUGUCAAUGGUCCAUGUGGUAAGUGAUGGUGUGUCAAUUGUCUAUGUGGUAAAUGGUGGUGUGUCAAUGGUCUAUGUGGUAAGUGAUGGUGUGUCAAUGGUGUAUGUGGUAAGUCGUGUUGUGUCAAUGGUCUAUGUGGUGAGUGGUGGUGUGUCAAGGGUCUAUAUAGUGAGUGGUGGUGUGUCAAUGGACUAUGUGGUGAGUGGUGGUGUGUCAAUGGACUAUGUGGUGAGUGGUGGUGUGUCAAUGGUCUAUGUGUUGAGUGGUGGUGUGUCAAUGUUCUAUGUGGUGAGUGGUGGUGUGUCAAUGUUCUAUGUGGUGAGUGGUGGUGUGUCAAUGGCCUGAGUAUCCACUAAUUAUAUUGAUCAUAUUCCCAUCUUGAGUUGUAAUGCCGUUGAUAAUAAGGUGAAUAUCCACUGAGUAUAUUUUGGAUAUAUCCACAGAUUAUGUGGUAAACAUCCACAUAUAAUAGAGUGAAUAUUCACUGAUUGUUCGGUGGAUAUCCUAUAAUGGUCUAUAUUCCACCAAUUACAUGGUCUAUAUACAACCAAGUACAUGGUCUAUGUACAACCAUGUACAUGGUCUAUGUACAACCAAGUACAUGGUCUAUGUACAAACAUGUACAUGGUCUAUAUUCCAGAAAUUACACGGUCUACAUUCCGUUAAGUACAUGUUUUAUAUGCCACCAUUAUAUAUUGCAUAGUGUGUGAAAUGGAUGUGAGGAAGGUGAAGUAGCGGACCCACUGACCAAUAUGUGGCUAGUGGACCCACUGACGAAUAUGUGGGUAGUGGACCCACUGACCAAUAUGUGGGUAGUGGACCCACUGACCAAUAUGUGGGUAGUGGACCCACUGACCAAUAUGUGGGUAGUGGACCCACUGACCAAUAUGUGGGUAGUGGACCCACUGACCACUAGUUGGGUCACAUUUGGGUGGUAGAAUUUCAGUUCAUAACUAAACCUCUGUUCUAAGUGGAUCUCAUGUACCGUGCCAUUGAAACGGUUCCAUGACAAAACGACUAAUUACAAAACAAGUGACAAAACGACAAGUGUCAAAACGACAAUUGUCAAAACGACAAGUGUCAAAAUGACAAGUGUCAAAACAAGUGUCAAAACGACAAGUAUCAAAACGACAAGUUUGAACAUAAUAAAAAACCAAAUCUAACAAUUUAGACAUUUCUUUUUCAUUGCAGCCCUGAGACCUAAGAUUGGCUCCGAGUCCGACAUCAAAGUGUCCUCAAGGACAUUGAUCGCUCUGAGCCUUGUCCUGGCUACAUGUCUGUUGUGAGCCCGAUAGACUUGACCUUUUAACCCCGAUAAGAUUUAGCUGUAAUUCCUAAAUCCACCAAGCCAUUUCAUUACGUCGAUAGAAUCUGCUGAGGAUCUUGACCUUGACCUAAGCAAGUCGCCAUCUUUAAAAAGUGCGAUUUAAAUCUGGCAGCAAUGUUUACUGAUUGCACUUUUAUAUUUAUACAUGUUCUUAUGUUCAAGACAUUCCUUAUGUUUGUUCAUUACAAAUUACAUAUAUUUUAAAAAUAUAUCUAAAUAUUAUGCACCCUCACAUCAUUCCCACGGCAAGAAUCAUUCCCAUGUACCAUAUUAUGGACAGCUUAAACUUUCAAGUACUUCUGUAAAGUUGAUUAGAAGAAAAUCUAAGCCAAUAGAUGAGUUAUUUGAAGGAAACAAAUGAUCCCCAUUUACCCGAGGAGCGGCAACCCAUCCAUGGGAUAGAGUUAUGAUGGGGCUGUGCAUGUCAAGUUCGAUAUCUCAUAAUUACUCAAAUGUACAAUGACAUAAACAUUGAAUGUUAUUCACUUGCAACUGUAACCGGCCAACCUGUUGUUGGUGAUACAGUGGUGAUGGUUAGUCACGUCUCUGGGGACAUCAAAUAAAUGGCAUUGAAGUAAAUCAAGUCACUUGAUGUAACUAAAACUGGCACUUUAUAAACUUUAUAACAAUAAAUAUUCACAUGCUGAACAAAGCUUCACUGAUAAUGCAAAUACCCAAAUAUAAUUAAAUAAAUAAAUAAAUAUAUAUAUAAAUAUAUGUAUUAUAUAUCUAUCUAUCUAUCUUUAUAUAUAAUUCGCCUGAAAAGGUCAAACACCACCAAGGCACAGGCUAUACAUAGAUAUGAGUUCACUAGCGCGCAAAAUAUAAUUCCCGACAACUGCGCUAAAUCAUUUAUAUUUUUUAAUAUCACAACUUCGUUUGGCGCGUAAUAUUUUUCGAGUAAUGAAAUCGUCUCAAUUUAAGUAUGGUGUACACAAUUUUUAAAGUUUAAAAGUGUUUGGGACGUCAGAAUAUUUUAUAUAGUUCAUGGGCGUCGAAAAAUAAGUGUGCAAUGACGUAUCAUAAAGGAAGGGGGGUGUAGCAACAAUUUAGAAUUCAUAAAUGUGCGAUACUGGAGUUCAUGUCUUGUCAAGUAACUCUAGUAGAUGGGAAGUUCACGCAUUGCCGUCGCCAAGGUUUGGCGGGCUAUGACUAGUCUAUAAAUAAAUAUAUAUAUAUAUAUAUAUAUAUAUAUAUAUAUAUAUAUAUAUAUAUAUAUAUAUAUAUAUAUAUAUAUUAUGUGUGUGUGUGUGUGUGUGUGUGUUUUGUACUUCUGUUUCAUUAAUCAUCUUUACAACUGUCCUCACAGUUAUCACUCACUUAACUGUAGCACAGACUCAUAACACCAUUUUUUUCCAAAAUGGCUGUCUACAUCUACACCCGUCCGUUAUAUCUAUAUCUUGAUUCUACAUAAAAUCAAAAUGGCACACACAAAGCUAUACUGUUACAGUAACAAAAUUUAAUCAUACAAUUGUGGACUUUCAUGGCACAUCAGUGUGUUGUUGACCUAAAUUGCACAUCAGUGUGUUGUUGAUCUGCAUGGCACAUCAGUGUGUUAUUCACCUGAAUUUCACAUCAGUAUGUUGUUGAUCUGCAUGGCACAUCAGUGUGUUAUGACCUAAAUUCAACAUCAGUGUGUUGUUGACCUUCAUGGCCCAUCUGUGUGUUGUUGACCUUCAUGGCCCAUCUGUGUGUUGUUGACCUUCAUGACCCAUCAUUGUGUUGUUGACCUUAAUGGCCCAUCUGUGUGUUGUUGACCUUCAUGGCCCAUCUGUGUUGUUGACCUUCAUGACCCAUCUGUGUGUUGUUGACCUUCAUGGCCCAUCUGUGUGUUGUUGACUUUAAAGGCCCAUCUGUGUGUUGUUGACCUUCAUGUCUCAUCUGUGUGUUGUUGACCUUCAUGGUUCAUCUGUGUGUUGUUGACCUUCAUGGCUCAUUUGUGUGUUGUUGACCUUCAUGACCCCUCAGUGUGUUGUUGACCUUCAUGGCCCAUAUGUGUGUUGUUGACCUUCAUGGCCCAUAUGUGUGUUGUUGACCUUCAUGGCCCAUCUGUGUGUUGUUGACCUUCAUGGCCCAUCUGUGUGUUGUUGACCUUCAUGGUUCAUCUGUGUGUUGUUGACCUUCAUGGCUCAUCUGUGUUUUGAGACACAAGGUUUAAAGUCCACUAGUUUAAGACAUGAUCACAUUGAAAUUGUCAUGCCUUUUUUCAUUGCUAUUUUGGACACCAAAGCCAACAAUUUAAUUUAUUAGUCAGGUGGUAAUUUUGAUUUAAUUUUAGAAGCAUUAUUUAUUAUUUAAACAUAUAUUUUCUGAUUUUGUAAUAAGUUUAUUUCAUGGAAUAAUAGACUUAGAAAGGACAGCAGCAUCAAAUACAUAAUUGUACCCGUUGUGUUCGAUGUAGAAUUAUAAAUCAAUAAACUGAUCUUUCAAGUAGCCACAUAAAUCAACAAACUGGUCUUUCAAGUAGUAUCUUAAAUCAACAAACUGGUCUUUCAAGUAGUAUCUUAAAUCAACAAACUGGUCUUUCAAGUAGUAUCAUAAAUCAACAAACUGGUCUUUCAAAUAGUAUCUUAAAUCAACAAACUGGUCUUUCAAGUAGUAUCUUUAAUCAACAAACUGGUCUUUCAAAUAGUAUCUUAAAUCAACAAACUGAUCUUUCAAGUGGCCUUCAUAAUGCAAUUAAAGAAAAUUGCUUCAAUUUCGUCUGUAAAGAAAAUCCAUUCUAAUCCUAUUGUUCUACUUCCUGUUUGCACAUUUGUUAUAUACAUAUCAUAGUGAUAUAUAUUGUCAUAUAGAUAUAUAUAUACACACAUCUCUAUGACAAUAUAUAUCACUAUGCUAUGUAUAUAACAAUAUAUACAUAUAUAUUCUGUCAUAUAACUUUACCUGAAAAAAAAUUCCCGUACAUAGAAACUUUAGAAAAUUUCCUUCCUAUAUUUAAAUCUAAGAUGAUGUAUUUUGUGAGGUAAGAGGACGUAAUUUGAUGUAAGAGGACGUAUUUGAUGUAAGAGGACGUAAUUUGAUUAAGAGGACGUAAUUUGAUUACGAUGACGUAAUUUGAUUAAGAUGACGUAAUUUGAUGUAAGAUGACGUAGUUUGAUUAAAAUGAGGUAGUUUGAUGUAAGGUGAGGACAUUUGAUGAAUGAUGUUUUAAUUUGAUGCAUGAUGAUGUCAUUUGAUGCAUGAUAAUUAUUUCAUUUGAUGCAUUAGUGUGUCGUUUGAUGCAUGUCAUUUAAUGUAUAACAUUACCAUUUUUGUGUGAUGGUAUCAUUUGAUGUAUAACAAUGUCAUUUAUGUAUGAUGAUUUCAUUUGAUGUAUGAUGAUGUCAUUAGAUGUAUGAUAUCAUUUGAUUUAUUUUUGUCUAUCUCUAAAAAAACCGUGAUAUUUUAUUUAAAAAUACAUUAGUUUCUAAAAAAAAUCAGAUUUUCCCAUUUGACUGAUUAUUUUGAUACAGUCAACUUGUUUCUACAUAAGUACUCAAAUUGUUUUUAUUUUUUUAUUUUAGCGAGCACUGGAGAAUAACACAGGGGAAGUCACUGAGCUACAAGAUAAACAAGAAUUCUACUGCUAGAACAAUAUUAAAUUGGGUUGAUAUAAAAUUUG